AACAACAAAUAAAGAAAAACACAGAGAGAUCCAUUUGUGAGGAAUCUUCUUCUUUUGAGCUUUUCUUUUUUUUUUGUUUAACAAUGGAGUCAGCAGCAGCAGCAACAGCGUCGACGAAGCCAGCGAGAGGAGCCGGAGGAAGAAAAGGUGGUGAUCGGAAGAAGAGUGUUACGAAAUCAGUUAAAGCUGGUCUUCAAUUUCCCGUUGGUCGUAUCGCUCGUUACUUGAAGAAAGGUCGUUACGCUAUCCGAUACGGUUCUGGUGCUCCGGUUUACCUCGCCGCUGUUCUCGAAUAUCUCGCCGCUGAGGUUCUUGAGCUAGCUGGGAACGCAGCGAGGGAUAAUAAGAAGAACAGGAUAAACCCUAGGCAUCUUUGUUUAGCGAUAAGGAACGAUGAAGAGUUGGGGAAAUUGCUAAGUGGUGUUACGAUUGCAAGCGGAGGUGUUCUUCCUCACAUUAACCCAGUUCUUCUUCCUAAGAAAUCUCCAUCUCAAGCUGAGAAAGCUUCACCUGCUUCCAAAGCUCCUAAGAAGGCUUGAUUCAAGAAAAAUGAUCGAUGUUUGCUUUUUUUUUUUUUUGUUGGUUUACUAUAUUCUCGGAUCUAGAUGAUGAAGAUGAAGAUGAAGAAACAUCUUGUUUUUUUUUUUUUUGGUUUUAGAGGAUGAUUGUGUAGGUUUCUGAAAUCUUUCUUCUCUUUUGUUUUUGGAUUGUCCAAUGUAAAAAAACCAUGAGAAGAUGAUGAUGAUUAUGUUUUAAGGAAUUUGUAAUGGAAGAUAACUAAUUUCUGGGUUUUUAGUAA